AUGGAGAAGCUCCCCAUGGAGCAACAGCACCCUUUGGAGCUCAAGGGAGAGACAAUGGUGCCUCCCCCCAUCUCAGCCCAGGUUAUGGCGCUGCUGUUACUACCCUUGCUCCUGGCACUGCCCACCCGCGCCCGCCCUGUGCCCACCCCAGCAGAUGAGAGCGGGGAGCUUGUGGAUUGGCUGAUGCAGUACGGCUAUCUCCCGCCCACGGACCCUGUUACUGGCCAGCUCCAGACCUGGGAGGCCGUGACCAGCGCCAUCCUCACGAUGCAGCGGUUUGCUGGCAUCGCCGAGACGGGGAUCCCAGAUGAUGCCACACUAGCGCUGAUCCAGAUGCCCCGCUGCUCGUUGCCAGACAUCCUCCCCAACCGCCCUGCCAAGCUGUCCGCAGGGCAGCAUGCGAAGAGGCAGCAGAGGAAGAGUCGGGGGAGGCGGAGCGCAGGCCUAGCCUGGACCAAAAGGAACAUCUCCUGGAGGGUGAAGACAUAUCCGCGGGGGGCCCGCCUCAGCCGGGAGACCAUGCGAGUGCUGAUAUACUAUGCACUGCGAGUCUGGGGUGAGGCUACCCCCCUCACCUUCCACGAGGUGGGGGGUCACAGCGCUGACAUCUCAGUGGAGUUCCUGCAGCGGGAGCAUGGGGAUGGGUCCCCCUUUGACGGCCCGGGGGGCAUGGUGGCACAUGCCUUCUUCCCUGGCGACCCCCAGCGUGCUGGCAAUGUCCACUUCGACAGCGAAGAGGACUGGACCUUCCGUGCCCCAGCAGAUGACUAUGGGAUGGACCUCUUUGCUGUGGCAGUACACGAGUUUGGCCACAGCCUGGGCCUGACGCACUCCCCCUCCAAGCGCUCCAUCAUGCGUCCCUACUACCAGGGGCCCGUGGGUGACCCCCUGCAGUACCAGCUGCUGGCAGUUGACCGGCUGGACAUCCAGAGGCUCUAUGGAAGCCGAGCCCUGCACUCCACAGAGAGGCCUGAGGUGUCGUCCCUGCUCCCAGCCCUGUCUGCUCUGCCCCGCAACUUCCCUGCCUUGAGGUCGGGGGACCUCCCAGACCGCUGCUCUUCCAGCAUCGAUGCCGUCACGCAGAUCCGUGGGGAAAUCUUCUUCUUCAAAGGUCCAUACUUCUGGCGCCUGACCCAAGGCCAGCACCUCACCUCCCUGCGCCCUUCCCUGAUCGCAGGCUUCUGGCAGGGCCUCCCUAGACACCUGGACAAAGUGGAUGCUGUGUACGAGAGGCCCACGGACUAUCGCAUCCUCUUCUUCAGUGGACCCUUGUACUGGGUGUUCAAGGACAAUAGUGUGGAAGAGGGGUACCCACGCCCUGUCACAGACUUUGGGCUGCCCAGGACAGGAGUGGAUGGUGCCUUCUCUUGGUCUCACGACCAGAAAACCUACUUCUUCAAGGACGGGCUGCACUGGCGCUAUGACGAGGCUGCUGGCCACAUGGACAAGGGCUUCCCCACCCAGGACACUCCCUGGGGGCCCAUGCCCAGCCCUGUGGAUGACGUGCUGAGUGGGAACAAUGGAGAGGUGUAUGCCUUCAAGGGCCGGCAGUACUGGAAGUUUGACCAGCGCAGCCUCAAGCCAGAGGGGAGUUACCCUCGCUCCAUAGCCAAGGACUGGCUGGAGUGCGCGGAGGAGCCAUACCCGCCUCUGAGUGCCCCUACCAGCCCUAUGACAGGAGCUGGAUCCCAGCCAGAUGUGCAGGCCCCUCUGCCAGAGGCAGAGCACUGUGUGUGUUACAGCACAUCCACUUGUGCCGGGCCUGGCUGGACCCUUAUCAUCCUUCUGUUGCUCCAGGGACUUGUCUAG